AGUGCAGAAGCAUCAUAAAAAUGAUGAUGAUGAUGAUGUCUGAGGUGGGAAAAGUGCCAUGGACGAGAUCAGUGUUGGUGGCGUGUCUCUUGGUAAUGCUUUUACUCAGUGAGGAUGCGUCAGCUAGACGUGGCAUGCGACGUGGUGGAAAACGCAAGAGUUUCUCCAGGAUGCCCAUAGUCUACACGAAUCCGGAAAGCGACGACUAUUACAACCAUCCCAAUGGGGCGAGGAUCACGAGUGCCAGUCACUUCGAAUCUGAAUACAUGCUGGGUCGCAAGAUCGUGUUCGUUUGCGUGGCCCGGGGCGACCCGCGACCCAGGAUAACCUGGUUCAAGGACGGGAUCGAGGUCUACGCUCACCACUUUUUCCACGUUCACGAGUGGCCCCUGGGCGACAAAGAAAUCAAGAGCAAGAUGGAGAUCGAUCCUGCGACGCAAAAGGACGCCGGAUUGUACGAGUGCCAGGCGGACAAUCGGUACUCCGUGGACCGCAAGGCCUUCCGCACUGACUACGCCAUCAGCAUUGACUGAAUCGAGUUGCCCUUCCUCAAUUCUCCAAAAUUUGCGGCUAGAUGUCGCUGUACUACCAACUUGACGCUCGUAUCUAUCGAAGUUUUUCUUCGCGCGACCUUUGCAACAAUUUGUUUUCCGGACUUUGCAUUGACUUUCACUGUAAUUCAGCUCGAUUAUACUGUAUAUCUUUCAUGGAAAUUCUUCGUAGUGUUAUUUUCUUGGCAACUAUGUAGAAAAAAUUGCAUCUAAACGGUAUGGAGUCCAUAUAUUCACAUUUGUGAAACGCCCUUGUAUAAGAAGGGAGAAAAUAUAACAUCUAUGCAUGGAAAACAAAAUGAAAUCAGAUAAUUUCGUAUACAUACUAUCUCGUUUUUGAGAGCGAUAGCAUGCCAAUAUUUUGGAAACGAAGGAUUGUUUCUAUUACGAAUGAGGCAGAGCUGAUGAUUUUUUUCGCCGAUUGUUUUAUUUUUGUAAAGCAAAUAAUUAGGUGUAUAACUUAUUCUUUGAUCUUCCUAAUUUGAAAAGACAAAUUCAUGAAAUUUCUGCGUGAUUCAGCUCCAAAUGGCUUAUUUCAUUUGUCUUCUCGCGUACAAUGGACACACAUAUAUGUAGCACACAUACGAUUGAUCUUUUCUCGCGAACCACGAACGACAUCAAAAAAUAAUACAGACAUAUUCACGAAAAUUAUCCAAAAUAGUCUGAAUCAUGAAUAUUUUUUUUAAUCGAACAUAUAUAUUUCAGAACAGGCA